UUUCAUAAAAUUGCGUUGCAAAUUCGCGCUCUUUAAUUUAAUUUAUUUUCGUCGUGCAAUAUUAAUUGCUGGCAAGGGGACGCGUUCGCAUUUUACGAACUCUCUAUUUUGUUGUGUUUAUCGUGCUGUGAGCUUUGCAUACCUGCAUAUAUCGAUGUACAAUCGAAGUAUCUAAUCCAGCAACAAAAGCAAGAACAAAAACAACAGUAGCAACGUGUGUGCACGCAAAAAAGACCUUGUUUAUUAUUUUUAAUACUGACAAUAUUCGCUCCACACCCCCCAAUAUCUUGUGUGCUUGUGCGGGAGUGUGAGUGUGUGUGUGCGACAUGCCUAAGCGCGGCGGUGGCGGCGGCGGGACUCAACGUUAUAACAACAAUGCUGGAAAUGGCAACGGCAGCGGGGGCGGGGGCAGUGGUGGAUCACGUUUUUCUGCUUUGAAAGACUAUGAUGAUGAUGAUCAUCAGCGUCGAAAGGAUCGCAACAAGCGCCGCGUCAGCUUCAAGACAUCACAGUUUCCACACAAAAAUGAUGUGAAGCUACGCUUACAAGAUGUCCGUCGCUGGGACGAGGACGAUGAUAUGAGCGAAAUGACAACCACUAUCAAGGAUCGCCCAAGCUCGCGUCGUCGCGGCUCACCAAUUCCACGUGGUAAAUUUGGCAAACUAGUGCCCAAUGGUGCUGGCUGGUAUCAAGUGACCGUAAGUAACAUAUAAAUCUGCUAUG